CUUCUCCAUCAACUUGCUGCAAAUUCCAUGAGCGCAGACGUUCUCACCCGUUUUAUCAAGUUUCAGUUUAAACAUUGCCUUUGCCCUAAUUCCCUUUCCCCUUUCUGCUUCCCAACCAAAUCUAGAUUUAGAACUGGCUCACUGCGUCGCCCGCACUCGGCAAAUCUCGAUUGGGCUUGCUUCGUAGCCGGCGGUCCGCAGCCCUCACAUCUCCCCACUCCUCAGUAGGCGCCGCAGCGUCGCGCCCCGCUUAUAGGCUUUAAGGCACCGGUCCUGUCAAGUUGUUUGUUUAUUUGUUUUGGUUCUUUACUUAAUUAGGGUUUAGAAAUAGUUCGAAUGGCUCGGAGGCAUUCUAGCAGCAGUUCAGACAGCGAAGAAUUGGAGAAAGAAGUCAGACACCACAGGGAGAGGAGGAGAGAAAAAAACGAUGAUGAAAGCAGAGAAAAAGCGGGUAGAAGGAGGGAGGAAGAAGGGAACCAUGGAAGUAGGGAUUCGAAUCCGGGUCGAGAUUCUGGAAGAGAUGAUAUGAGAUUGAGAAACGAGCGAGAUGAUGAGAUUAAUGAGAAUGGACAUAGGAGUAGGAAAGACGACGGUGGUAGGGAGAGAAAAUUGCGGCAUGAUGAAGCGGGUGGUGAGGAUUAUAGAAAAGCUGAACGGCGGAGGCACAGAGAUUAUGGUGGUGAAGAUGAUAAAAUUGACCAUAAAGAAAGGGAUGGGAAGCGUGAAGCAGAUGAUGAGAACAAUAGGAAAGCUGAACGGCGGGGGCACAGAGAUUAUGGUGGUGAAGAUGAUAAAAUUGGCCAUAAAGAGAGGGAUGGGGAGCGGGAUUCAUAUCCAGAUACGAAGAGAGACAGACGGGAUAGAGACCGAAGAAGUGAGUGGGGACGUGAGGGUGAUGAUGAGAGAGCGGAGUACAGAGCCAGGGAGGAUCACUAUAAGAAGUACGAUAGCAGAGACGAUGAUAGGAAAGAGCGACGAAGGGAUAGAGAGCGAGAAAGAGAUAGACGCAAUAAGGAUGAUGAUAAAGAUAAGAGGAGAAGAGAGAAGAAUACGAAUGGAAGUGAAGUAGAGAAUACGGGUUUGAAUAAAAAAGGAGAUGGAAAUGAUGUCCCAAAAGUGAUAAAGCCGGUUGGGAAUGUGGCAGUAGACGAGGUUGCAAAUUUGGGGAGGAGUGGUGGAGUAUAUAUUCCACCAUUUAAGCUAGCUAGAAUGAUGAAAGAUAUCCAGGACAAAAACAGCGUUGAGUAUCAACGAAUGACAUGGGAUGCUUUGAGAAAGAGUAUUAAUGGGUUGGUGAAUAAAGUUAAUGCAACGAACAUUAAGAAUAUCAUACCUGAGUUGUUUGCUGAGAACUUGAUACGAGGGAGGGGUCUAUUUUGCCGGUCAUGUAUGAAGUCUCAAAUGGCUUCUCCAGGUUUCACUGAUGUAUUUGCAGCACUGGUUGCUGUUGUAAACACCAAAUUCCCUGAAGUUGGUGAUCUUUUGUUGCGCAGGAUAAUACUGCAGCUUCAGAGGGCAUAUAAGCGCAAUGAUAAGCCGCAACUACUUGCUGCAGUCAAAUUCAUUGCACACCUGGUGAACCAGCAGGUUGUCCACGAGCUUAUUGCUCUUGAGCUGCUGACAUUACUGCUGGAAAAGCCAACUGAUGAUAGCGUUGAAGUGGCUGUUGGCUUUGUUACAGAGUGUGGAAGCAUGCUCCAGGACCUUUCUCCUCGAGGACUGCAUGGUAUCUUCGAGCGAUUUCGUGGAAUCCUUCAUGAAGGAGAAAUAGAUAAACGUGUUCAGUUUUUAAUUGAAGGCCUCUUUGCACUGCGAAAAGCUAAGUUCCAGGGGUAUCCUGCUGUUCGUCCGGAGUUGGAUCUAGUGGAGCAGGAAGACCAAUUGACUCAUGAAGUCUCCCUUCUUGAUGAGAUAGAUCCUGAGAUUACUUUAGAUAUCUUCAAGCCGGAUCCCCAGUUCCCCGAUAAUGAGAAGCGAUACGAAGAACUGAAGAAGCAAAUACUAGGUGAAGAAUCUGAUGAUGAUGCAGAUUCAGAUGCAGAUGCAGAUGCAGAUUCAGAUGAUGAGGAUGAUGAAGAGUCUGAGGAUGAGGAAGAGGAAGAACAGAUGAAAAUAAAGGAUGAGACAGAGACAAAUUUGAUCAAUCUUCGAAGAACUAUCUAUUUGACAAUUAUGUCUAGCGUUGAUUUCGAGGAAGCCGGGCAUAAACUAUUGAAAAUAAAACUGGAGCCCGGCCAGGAGAUGGAAUUAUGUAUUAUGCUGUUGGAGUGUUGCAGUCAGGAGAGAACUUACCUCCGCUAUUAUGGACUUCUUGGGCAGCGGUUUUGUAUGAUAAACAAGGUUUAUCAGGAGAACUUUGAGAAGUGUUUUGUUCAGCAGUAUUCAAUGAUCCACCGACUGGAGACUAAUAAACUGCGGAAUGUGGCGAAGUUCUUCGCUCAUUUACUUGGCACCGACGCAUUGCCUUGGCAUGUUUUGGCCUAUAUACGGUUGACUGAAGAGGAUACGACUUCUUCUUCCCGUAUUUUCAUCAAAAUUCUCUUCCAGGAAUUGUCGGAGCACCUUGGAAUUCGCUUGCUUAAUGAACGUCUCAGCGAUCCUGCCAUGCAAGACUCUUUUGAGUCUAUUUUUCCCAGGGAUAACCCCAAAAACACUAGGUUCUCCAUCAACUUCUUCACUUCAAUUGGGCUCGGCGGUAUCACUGAAAACCUACGUGAGUAUCUAAAGAAUAUGCCUAGGCUCAUCAUGCAACAGCAGAAGGCUGCCCCUGAGUCAGCUUCUGAAUCUGGUAGUUCAAGUUCUGAUUCGGAAGGCUCUGGAUCUGAAUCUGGAUCAUCAAGUUCAGAAUCGAGCGAUAGUGAAAGCGAGACGGAUAGUGAAGAUAGACGCAGAAAAAAGAGGAGAAGAAACUAAGGAUCCUCCAUCAGCCACAACUUUGCACCAUGUGUUUGUAGAGCUUGUAUUCACUGUUUUGUUUAAGAUAUAUGUUGCGACUACGACCGUUUUCUGCAGUUUUCUGUUUUAUUAUUGUUCUUUUAGUUCUUGAUCAGCAAACCUUACAAAUGGUCUCAGAAUUGUGCUUCUUGUGACUGCUAUCACUAUACCUAGCCAAUGUUCUGAAACAUUAUCUUCAA